GGUCCCCGAGAAGUGUCACUGGCCCUGAGUGGGACCUCGAACGUAGCCGAUUCUCUCCCCGCUAGCGGCCUGCCCCCGCUGCUUGGCGGGCUAGGACAGGGGAAAUGUUGCAGGAGGAGUCGGAUCUCGCUCUCAUUAUUGCCCAGAUAGUCCAAAAGCUCAAGGGCUCCAAUUUGUACGCUCAGUUGGAACGGCAGGCCUGGGCCAGUCUUCAGAGACCUGAGAUUAAACUUGAAUCACUAAAAGAAGAUAUUAAGGAAUUCUUUAAAAUAUCAGGUUGGGAGAAGAAACUUCAGAAUGCUGUGUAUAGUGAACUGAAUGUGUUUCCUUUACCCAGUCAUCCUGCUGCACCUCCUGAACAUCUUAAAGAACCUUUGGUAUACAUGAGGAAAGCACAGGGAAGUUGGGAAAAAAGAAUUUUGAAGAGUUUAAAUAGUAUGUGCACUGAACUGAGUAUCCCACUGGCACGAAAGAGGCCAGUUGGAGAACAGAAAGAACUUCUCAAUAAAUGGAAUGAAAUGGGAACUGAUGAGCCAGAUUUAAGCCUUUUCAGGCCUGUUUAUGCACCUAAGGAUUUUCUCGAGGUAUUAAUUAAUCUUCGCAACCCAAAUUAUGAAAAUGGUGAUUCUCAUAGUUUCAGGACUCAUUUGGGUUUAAUCCAAGUUCCUCUAAAAGUAAAGGACAUCCCUGAAUUGAAAGAAUUCUUUGUGGAACUUGGCUUAACUGCAGGACAACUUGGUGUAGAUGACUCUACACAAGUGCCUCCUGAACUUUUUGAAAAUGAGCAUGUACGUAUUGGGCAAAAAGUCCUAUCAGAACAAGAUAGUGCUGCUGCCCAACAGUAUAUCAGACAAGGAAGUCCCACAGCACUGAGAGCUGAAUUAUGGGCUCUCAUUUUGAAUAUUUCCAGCCAACCUGAGGAUAUCUUGUAUUAUGAGCAGCUUAAGACUAAUGUGAUACAACAUGACCUUUUGGUGGACAGUUUAAUUUAUAAAGAUGUGAAAUUGACAGCAAGCAAUGAUGAUUAUUAUUUUGUAUUUGAAGAUUAUUUAUAUCAGGUAUUACUUUGUUUCUCCCGAGAUACAUCUGUGUUGGGUCACUUUGCAUACAGCAGUGCUUCACCACCGAAAUCAUACAUAAGAGGAAAACUAGGACUAGAAGAAUAUGCCGUCUUUUAUCCACCAAAUGGUGUAAUCCCUUUUCAUGGAUUUUCAAUGUAUGUUGCACCACUUUGUUUUCUGUACCGUGAACCUUCCAAAUUGUAUCAGAUAUUCCGUGAGAUGUAUGUGCGUUUUUUCUUCAGACUUCAUUCCAUCUCUUCUCAUCCUUCUGGUAUUGUGUCACUCUGUCUGCUGUUUGAAACUCUUCUUCAAACUUAUCUCCCCCAACUCUUUUAUCAUCUACGAGAAAUUGGGGCUCAACCACUUCGCAUAUCAUUUAAAUGGAUGGUUCGAGCUUUCUCUGGAUACUUAGCUACAGAUCAACUCUUACUUUUGUGGGAUAGAAUCCUAGGGUACAACUCUCUGGAAAUUCUUGCUGUCCUGGCAGCUGCUGUGUUUGCUUUCCGAGCAGUGAACCUGAUGGAGGUGACAUCACUGGCUGCAGCUGAAGCAGUUCUUGCUGACCUUUCUACUUUAAGAGUUAUGCCUCUUCUUCAAAUUUUUCUGUUUGCUACUGUCACUUGAUCUUCUUCAAGGUCACUAACAACACAUCUAGUUUUUCAUUAGAAAGUAAUCAUGAACUAUGCAAACUCUGCAUAAAACCAAAAUUAAACUUUGCA